CCAAGAGAGCCCCACAAAAAUACAAAGCUCGGCAAAAACAAGUGGUAAGCAUCAAACAACAGUAGCUUUGCCAGAAGAAAAUUGUGCUACUGAUGCAGGGUGAGAGCUCUGCUAUCCAUGGAGCCCGCGCUAAUUAGGUGCUGCUUCGUAUCGUUCCAUGAAUAUUCGCUAACAUUUCGAUUUUCAACCAUUAAUAUCCCAGAAACCUGACAUCAUUCCCCAAUUUUAUCCAAAUUCGACGCACGAAAUGUCAGAAUCCAAUCUUCGGCUUUACGAUUAUACUCAUAGCUCGAAUAACUCAUUUUUUUGUUCCGGUGGAUUGUUCCUCGAUUCGAGCGCAAUUCCUUCGUCAAUUGUCAAUAGAAUCGUCGGCGAAGUUUCUUGUAACAGUCGCCCGGUGCAAUCUCGGAGAAAACGGGGAGAAUUUUUGUGUUUGAGUUUGUCUUUUAAGGGGAAAGAUGGAGCAGUUAUCAACUCUGCAGAAUCUAGUGCGCGUAAUGAGGCGGUUGGCAGUGCCGCGACGAAGCCGGAAAAGGGGGUUAAUAGGCGGUUAAGGGGGCGGGGGGCGAUGAACACCACCAAGCAUUUGUGCGCUGGUGCUGUGUCUGCGAUGGUUUCAAGAACUUGCCUUGCUCCGCUGGAGAGGCUGAAGUUGGAGUAUAUAGUUCGUGGCGAGAAGGGGGACUUGUACAUGCUCAUCAACAGAAUAGCAACUACGCAAGGCUUGAGAGGCUUUUGGAAGGGAAAUUUUGUUAACAUACUGCGCACGGCACCUUUCAAGGCAAUUAAUUUCUGUGCUUAUGAUACAUACAGAAAGCAGCUUCUCAAACUAUCUGGAAAUGAGGAAACCACGAAUUCUGAGAGAUUUAUUGCGGGUGCUGCAGCUGGUAUGACGGCCACUGUCCUCUGCUUACCCUUGGAUACAAUCCGGACCAGGCUUGUGGCGCCUGGAGGGGAAGUACUGGGUGGAGUUAUUGGCGCUUUUCGACAUGUUAUUCAAAAUGAAGGGGUUCUUUCUCUUUACAAGGGAUUAUUGCCCUCAAUUCUAAGCAUGGCACCAUCAGGCGCAGUAUUUUAUGGAGUAUAUGACAUUUUGAAAUCAGCUUAUCUCCAUUCACCUGAGGGAAGAAAAAGAAUUGAGAAUUUGAAACAACAGCAUCAAGAAUUGAAUGCUUUUGAGCAGCUGGAAUUGGGACCAGUGAGAACUCUAUUGCAUGGUGCUAUUGCUGGUGCUUGUGCUGAAGCUGCUACCUACCCGUUUGAGGUCGUGAGAAGGCAGCUCCAGCUGCAAGGCCGCGCAACUAGGUUGGGUGCGUUAGCAACUUGUGUCAAGAUAGUUGAGCAAGGUGGUGUCCCUGCUCUGUAUGCAGGUCUUAUUCCCAGUUUAUUGCAGGUAUUACCUUCGGCUUCAAUAAGCUUCUUUGUUUACGAGUUCAUGAAGAUUGUUCUUAAGGUAGGAUGAAGGGGAACCUCGACAGGAAUUUAAUUCUGAAAAUUCAUACAGUAUAUGAAUAUUAUUGUUGGUGAGAACAGCAGGACUUAAUGUAAUUUUCCAGCAAGCAGAAUAGGGAUUCAUUAUA